AUGCCUACCUAUCCUAUCCGUCGCCGGCCGCGCGAGUGUAAAACUUGCCUACCCUGCCGUGCCAGCAAGGUCCGCUGCGAUCGCAAUGUUCCAUGCGGCAACUGCGUCAAGCGCAACUUCACCUGCUCCUACGGUCGUCCUCCACCCACCGCUCCCAGACCGGCCUCCUUCAUUCCCGAUCAGUAUGCCUCGUCCGCUACGACUCCCGCCACCAAUACGCCUCAGUACAUGCCUUCCGCGGCUUAUCAGCCUGCCGCCCAUCGCGAUGGCCUCUACGGUGCCGAUCCCGAAUCAGCCAGCUCUGCCAACCAGGAUGGUCUAUCGGAGAUGGUAACGCUGUCGCAAGAGGAAUGGGACGAGAUCAAUUCCAAGAUGCAGACAAUGGAACAGAUCCUGACCAGUUUGGGCUCUUUGUUUCAGGCGCACGGCGCGCGGAAAGUCGCCCACUCCCGAUCGGAACCGUCGCAGGAGCAGGAGGAGGAAGACGAGUCGCCUGCCUCUGAGGGCAUCUAUGGAUCAACUACGCUGAGAACAAAUUCAGUUCACAUCGGAUCGAGGUCUGCUCUGGUGGACAUUCUAGACAAAUCGAAGGUUUCCGAGGACACGGCGCAGGCGCUACCCAAAGAUGACCUUCUUACCGAGUUGGCGAUGGGGAACGAGUCGGCCGCCUAUCCUUUCGUGGACCUUUGGUCGUCCGAUCCGUAUACGUUCAAUAUCUCUGGCGUGUGCAGUGUGCUGCCCGACGAUGAGCAAUGCCGAAAAUUUCUAGCUUUCUAUCGGAAUAUUGGUGCGGUGCUGUAUCCCGUGCUGCCCGAUCUCGUCAAGUUUGAAGCGGACAUGAACAAACUGUUGCAGGGCCGACAGGCUGCGGGUGGCGUAUAUAGUCCGGAUGCUAAUGGCCUAGUGAAGCCGUUUGGCAUGAGUGUCUCUUUUCUUAGCCUUCUAUUUGCUGUUUUAGCGUCUGGCUCUCAACUAUCUGAUCUGCCUGGGAAAGAACGCGAGUUGACCUCGUGGGUAUACGGUUGGUCGACACCCCCACACUAG